UGUUGAUUCCUUUAAGCUAAGCUAUUGGUCGAAGAUGUUACUCCUGCAUUAUUAUUGAUGGCUUCUUCUCCUUUAUCUUCGCCACUUUGGACUCUGCAACAACGAAAGAGUGUGGCACUAGAACUGUGUAUAUAUAUAGCGGCGUCAUUAUCAUGCAUUCCAAGUUCUUCUGGAUGCCCCUACACAUGCAUUUUCAGCUUCGGUGAUUCACUUACUGAUACCGGAAACUGGUAUUUCAGCUCUCCACCGCCGCUGCUGCCGCGGCAGUCCAGCCGGUGUUUAUUUCCUCCCUAUGGCGAAACGUACUUCGGUCGCCCCACAGGAAGAUGCUCCGGUGGUCGUCUUAUCAUUGAUUUCAUCGCUGAGUCAUUAAACAUUCCAUUAAUGAAACCAUACCAAGGAAUUAAGAAUGGUCAAAUAAUAAAUUGGAAGAAAGAGGAGGGAGUGAAUUUUGCAGUUGCUGGAGCAACUGCGUUGAAUGUAAGUUUCUUUGAAGAGAGAGCUAUUUAUACUGUGAUCACCAAUUAUUCUCUCAGAGUUCAAUUGGGUUGGUUCAUGGAAUUGCUUCCUUCAAUCUGCAAUUCUUCAUCAAGCUGCAAGAAAAUGUUUGAAAAAUCCCUAUUUUUUGUGGGAGAAAUUGGAGGCAAUGACUUUAAUAAGCCUUUUGCCCUGCGAAGGAGUUUAGCAGAGAUCAAAACUUACGUGCCUCACGUGAUCAAUGCAAUCUCCUCAACAAUGAGAGAUUUGAUAGGUGUAGGGGCUCAAAUGCUCAUUGUUCCUGGGAAUAUACCAAUGGGAUGCAGCCCAUUUUAUUUAACGAAUUAUGCGAGCAACAAUAAGAAGGACUAUGAUGAAGAUGGUUGCUUGAAAUGGGUAAACAAGUUUGUUGAAUACUACAAUAAGAGGCUUCAAGCUGAAUUAAAUCAGCUUCAAGAGCUUUAUCCUCAUGCCAAUAUCAUAUAUGCUGAUUAUUACAAUGCUACAUUGCCACUGUAUCAUUCUCCCAAAGAAUUUGGUUUUACAGGUCUCAAAUCUUGUUGUGGGGCUGGAGGGGCAUACAACUACAAUAUUUCAAAAAGAUGUGGAGAUGAAGGAGUGAAUGUUUGUGAUGAUCCUUCAAAGUACAUAACUUGGGAUGGUAUUCAUUUGACAGAAGCUGCGUAUAAAUUGAUUGCAAGAUUUUUACUCAAAGGAUCCUAUAUUGCUCCUAAAUUUGAUGACUUGUGCUUCAAGAAUAAUAAAGCCUUUGAAAGUUUUAUUAGUCUUUGAGAUUAGGGAUUUGCUGUGUGACCCUUCCCCAUAGAGAAAUUAAAGGCGACUCUCUCACACACACUACUCCCUUUGUUUCUAUAUACUAUUUUCAUUUUUAUAUA